AUGUCACAAUUCACCACCGUGCAAACUUCACCUCAUAAGCCUUCUGUGGGCUCUGCAGAUUUUGGUGGAUUGGCAGUGAACAAAAGAUUAAGAAAAGAAUUGAUGACUUUGAUGGUACGUUCUUCCCUUCUCUUCACCUUCAUCUCUGCUUUUCCCGAAAGCGAGAAUAAUCUCUUUAAAUGGCUUGGAACUUUGACAGGACCAGAAGGGACAGUGUACGCCGGACUGACUUUCCGAUUAUCUCUAUCGUUCCCUUCGGAGUAUCCUUACAAGCCUCCAGUAAUACGCUUCGAGACGCCAUGUUAUCAUCCCAACGUGGCGCUGAAAACCGGUGACAUUUGUCUCGACAUCUUACAGGACAAAUGGUCUGCUGUUUAUUCCGUUCAUACCAUCCUCGUCUCUCUCCAAAGUCUCCUAGGAGACCCAAACAACUCUAGUCCUCUCAAUGUCGAAGCCAGUCAAUCUUGGGCUGACCAAACGGGUGAGUUCGUGCCAGGUCUGACAACUUCGCUGAAUCACUGGUGA